AUGAGUAAAGUGAAAGUUGAGGAGAGCAUCAUGUCGUACCUGUCGCAGACUGAGAUCGACACCAGCCCCAAAGACUUGAAUGUGGUGGGCAUGCUCCAUAACUUCUGGGAGCAGAAGCAGACGAGUCGGUUAAAUGGUUCCCUCAGUGAUUCAGACGGUUCUGGUGGGGAUGCAGCCAUCCAGAGAGAGAGCCUACUGUUGUACGAGUCUGCACCCUCCCCUGGUCCCCCGUACAUCUGCUAUGUCACGCUUCCUGGUGGAAGCUGCUUUGGUAACUACAAGGUGUGUGACAGUCAGGCAGAAGCUCGGAGGGAUGCCGCUCGCGUGGCUCUGAUGAACUCUCUUGUGAAUGAGUUGCCGUGUCGUCGCAUCAACCCUCAGUUCAUCACUCAGAGUUUGCAGCAGGCGGCUGCAGACAGUGCUGUCUCUGUAGAAGAUGCAUGUGACUCAAGCACCAGCAUAGGAACCUACAGUUUGCUCCUCCACUCAUACAUAGGAAGGACGAUGCUGGAGUUCCAGGAGAUGAUGACAGUUUUCCAGUUGUUGCACUGGAACGGGACACUGAGAGUUCUGAGGGAAAGGCAGUUUUCUCGACAGAGUGUGAUUGCCUAUUACUCUAAGCGGGGUCUUGAUGAGUACAUGAGCAGCAGCAUGGCUCUGGAUUGGCUCGGACGGGAGCAGAGGUCACCGGGGCGGCUCGGGGAGGAGCUGCAGGUGGCACAGAGGGAGAUGGUGUUGGCCCGACGUCGAGGCAUAGAGCUGCGCUUCUACAAGGAAAAGACAGAGAUCCUCAGCCUGGCUCUGAGUCAAGCAUACAUUCACCACACACCUAAAGCCCCGAGCCAGACAACGAGUCACACAUACAAGCAUGAACAACUUCCUUUACACACAUUAUACAGCCAGGACACAGAAGUCCAGCUAACCCCGCCCUGCAGUCCUUCACCCACUCCUCAUAAAAACACAAAGCAAACAAUCUGUCAAACCUCUGGCAAACGCAUGGCCUCCAACAGUCCUUCACCGUGCUCCCAGCAGACUUAUGUGACUUUAAAGAACUUUGAAUAG